CCCUUUGCCCCCGCGGGCCCCCGGCGCCCGGCGUCAAUCUGCCUAGGUGGGAGCGGUGACUGGCCGCGGGGCCCGCCCUCUGGAAAGCCUCCGCCGGGCUCGCGUAGGCUGCGUGCUCGGGGUGGGAGGGGCGCAGCAGCGCGUCUGGAGCCGAGGUGGUCCCGGUCCGCCCGCCUGCCUGCCUGCCUGCCAGCCGUUGGUUACUACUGCAGCCCGUCUGCUGGGCAGGGCCGGCCCGGCCCGGCCAUGGAGUCCUACGAUAUCAUCGCCAACCAGCCCGUGGUCAUCGACAACGGUUCCGGGGUGAUCAAGGCCGGCUUUGCAGGAGACCAGAUUCCCAAAUAUUGUUUUCCAAACUAUGUCGGGCGCCCCAAGCACAUGCGGGUGAUGGCUGGAGCCCUGGAAGGAGACCUCUUUAUCGGACCAAAAGCAGAGGAGCAUCGGGGGCUGCUGGCUAUCCGCUACCCCAUGGAGCACGGCAUGGUGAGGGACUGGAACGACAUGGAGCGCAUCUGGCAGUACGUCUACUCCAAGGACCAGCUGCAAACCUUCUCCGAGGAGGUGGGGCCGCGGCGCCCUCCCCCUGCCCCGCCUGCGGCGUCUGCAUCAGGCCUCCACACCUUCUCUGGCCUGCAGCCCCUGCCGCCCGGCAUUGUGUGGCAUCCUGUUCUUCUUACGGAAGCGCCGCUCAACCCGAGUAAGAACCGGGAGAAGGCGGCGGAGGUGUUCUUCGAGACCUUCAACGUGCCGGCCCUGUUCAUCUCCAUGCAGGCCGUGCUCAGCCUGUACGCCACAGGACGCACGACGGGAGUGGUUUUGGACUCGGGGGAUGGGGUCACGCACGCCGUCCCCGUCUACGAGGGCUUCGCCAUGCCGCACUCCAUCAUGCGGGUGGACAUCGCCGGCCGCGACGUCUCCCGCUACCUCCGGCUGCUGCUGCGCAAGGAGGGGGCGGACUUUCACACCUCGGCUGAGUUUGAGGUCGUCCGGACCAUCAAAGAGCGGGCCUGCUACCUGUCCAUCAACCCGCAGAAGGAUGAGGCCCUGGAGACAGAGAAGGUGCAGUACACCCUGCCAGACGGCAGCACGCUCAACGUGGGACCAGCGCGGUUCCGGGCCCCUGAGCUGCUGUUCCAGCCAGACCUGAUAGGGGAUGAGAGUGAGGGACUCCAUGAGGUGCUGGUCUUCGCCAUCCACAAGUCUGACAUGGAUCUGCGCCGCACGCUGUUCGCCAACAUCAUGCUUUCUGGUGGCUCCACGCUUUUCAAAGGCUUUGGCGAUCGAUUACUAAGUGAAGUGAAGAAGCUUGCCCCAAAGGAUGUCAAAAUCAAGAUCUCGGCCCCUCAGGAACGGCUGUACUCCACGUGGAUCGGGGGCUCUAUCCUGGCCUCACUGGACACUUUUAAGAAGAUGUGGGUAUCCAAAAAGGAAUAUGAAGAGGACGGCUCCCGGGCUAUUCAUCGAAAAACCUUCUAGUGCCCAAGGAGGAAGGCGUAGCUCUGGGAGGAAGGGGGAACCAGAGUCCUUAACCCUCUGUGGUUGGGUUCACAGAUGAGGCCUGGACCUCCUGCAUGCCCUGAACCCUGGGCAAGUGGUGCAGCAGCGCUUCCCUGAAGCCUCCCCUACACACAUGUUUACAUGUGCGCACACAUACACACACACACAUAUAGUCACAGUUAGCUGCAUGGAUGGGAGGCUGGAGCUGGAAGAUAGGAAUUGAGGGGCCCAGCUUUGGGUGGUUCUGGGUGUCCCCCUUGGCAGAGCCAGUUAGGCCCGUGGUUCUCAGCUUCCCCAAGCUCCAAGACCAGACACCGGAACGCCCCCAUUGCCUCUGACAGUAGCCCUCCGAGAGUGCCUGGAUGCCUGGGUGACUAGCCCUGGGGAGUUGGGGGUGGGGGGGGCACCAGCAGUUCCCUCUGGGUGUCGCCGCUGCUUGUGCCGCAUCCUUGUCCUCACCCAGCAGGGCAACCCAGAAGGCCACACCGUGGCGUCCCUGACCCCCUCACGCUCUGUCCUCUCAUCUUCCCAGAUGGGUGCUUUGGUGUAGACUGAGUUCUAGGCAGUCUUCCGUCCCCGGUGACGGGGUAUGGGCCAGGGCCCAACCCUGUGGAACCAGGACAGGAUGCACGGGGUUUGGGCAGCCACAGCGGGUUGUGCGUUCUCCUCGUCAAAGCGCUGCAUGGACCUGCUGCUCCCUCUCCUUUACCCCAGUACCUGGGACGGGAAGGGUUAAUGGUCUUCAUUUGUUGAGGGGAAGCCACUUAAUCAGGAGUCAGACCUAGUGGGGGAGACGGGAGGCACAUUUCCUCCUCCCACUUCUCCCAUGAAAGAGGUCUUCAUUUACCCUAUGGCCAGGACCCCCAUCUCCCUCUCCCACAUACAUACAAUAACUUAACACAGUUGCCUGAAAAAAACAUUUUUUGUAAGUCAUUAUAGUAAUAAUUAUGAAAAAGGCCCAGCGCA